CGCUUCCCGAGUGUGGAAGGCACAAGUCAGGAAUGCUCCGUAUUAUCGCUUGAGACUCGUGUGUGUUUUAUAUCGUUUAUUGUUUUGUCACCCAAUGAAAGAACAUUAGCUCCGUGUCUCAGAACCAGCAGCAUAAAUCUGUUCGACUAUUCGCGGUUCGCGUUCGUGUGUGCAUAGAAGAAAAAAAGGUCAUUUUAUUACCGCUGGUGUUCCUACUAUUCAGUGUUCUCUGUGUUGUGAAGUUCCCGUUCGGACUUUGAAUUUUCCAGCAGCCCGAUUUUCAUUCAUAAUGAGCCCAGUGGCAUGAAGGCAUGAAAAGGACACGAGAGGCGAGGAGGGAACAACAUACCAGCGCACAGAGGCCGAGGCCCGCCUGCAUAUAUACAUAUAGUGUGUGAGUUAUAAAACAGAGUGUGGUGCGAGCAAAACAGCCCAAAAAUCAAUGAAAAUUUGUGAGCCCGCUUGGCGUGGCGCUCCCGAGAGGGGGGAGGAUGUUAUGUGUGCGAGAUGAAUCCUAGUGCGCUAUGAUUAUUUAAUGUCAACUGCCAGCCUACUACUAGCUGAAGUGCGUACUUUGGUUUCCGUUUCCGUAUAUUUCUUCUCACGUCGCCCCGAUUGCUUCGAUAGGUGGUGACCAUAUUAUCAGGACACCUCCGCCGCUGGAAGGAAGAAAGUGUGUGCGAUUCCCUCGCGAGUGCAGUAGCAGCAGCAGUAAGCGUUGGAGUGUGUGAUUGUGAUGAGUCGUCGCCAAAGCGAAACGAGAAGAAAAAUGAGUGCGAUUUGGCCCCACUGAGCAGAGGAGGAGGAAAAACUUGUGAGCAAAAAAAAAAGUAUAUGUAUAGAUAGCAGAAAGCAUAGGCAGCGAAAAUUGGCAAAACACAAAAAGGCAAUCUGAAGAAGUGUAUGCUAUCAGCGAAGAGAAAGUGGCCCGAAGCAAAGUGAGCGAGCAAAGAGUGUCGAACAAUUUGUGUGUGGGGGAAAAAUUGGAAAAACAGAAAAGAAAUCCAUAUAUCCCAGCGCGAAGGAAAACUUUAAUAGGAGAAGAAGCAAUAGCAAGUGGAAACGAAGAACCAAUGCGCCCGUGAUGCGUGUGUGUGUGCGCGCGCCAGUGUAUGUGUGCUUCUUCUAGCGAGGAUUAAUGUGCAAGCGUAAUCAGAAAUCGAAGUUUGACGUCUGAGCAACAGCAACAGCUACGGGGGGUUCGGUGCAGCAGGCUGUCAGGAGCAGGCAAGCAAACAUAAUAAAACAAAACAAAAAUCGCGAAACACAAAAGGUGAUGAUUACCACCGUCCAGUUUGUUUUCCACUAUCGGUGACAAAUAUGCGAAUAGUAUGUAAAUUUAUGAAAAAUUAAUAAGGUUUUUGUGAGUUGGUGUUUAUUUCCGUGCGAAUGUUUUCUGUUGUGUGACCCGCGAUUCAUUCCGGCGCGUGUGCGAAAUUUAAUUUAAAAUUUUUAUCCCGGUCCUCUUUUGUUUUUUGCACUCUCCUUGCCCCGUGCAGUGAAAAAUAAUGUCAUAGCUAACCGUGCCGGCGGUGAUUCGUUUCGGCAAUUGAAUUUAAACAACCCAACCAAACCCAGGAAAUUCGAGGAGUGCGAGGAAAAUUGGGCGAAAACGCCGCCGCGUUCGUUGGAACAAAUUUGGUCAAGUGAAUCGGUAGAGAGCGCAGCGAGUUUGCGAUAGCACAGAAAUCUCCCCCGGCAGAAAAACGGGCGCUGCAGUAAAUUAAACCGAGAGAAAAAAAAAAGUGUUGUGAGCAAGGAGCGGAGCUUCGGAGCAAAAGGACCGGCGGAGAAAAGGAGGGAGCAAAAAAACACCCUAAAUGUGUGUGGUGAUGCAACGGAGAUGAACUUGUUCGAGUUUAAUGCAACCAUGGAAUGCCGAGAUAAUGGAAUACUUCGGGGAGCCGUGAAAAACAACGCAAGAGGCUGCCUCCUGGACGGAGUUCCGCCUUCAGCUCCACCAGAUGUACCACCACGUAAUCCAACAAUGAAUCGAAUGAAUGGUCGUGUCACCGGUAACCCUACAGAGCUAGGCGUCGAUUUCGAACCGUCGUGCUUAGUGCGCACCCCAUCGGGCAACGUAUACAUUCCGAGUGGAAAUAUAGCAAUCAACAGCAAAGGAUCGCCGAUAGACUACAAGUCGGGUUCGGCCUGUUCCACCCCUACGAAGGAUACACUCAAGAGCUACGACCGCAACUGCAUGGGUCCGGUACUGCCACCCCGGAGCGCCAUGUGUGGUCCCCCGUCACAUCACUACUCAGCCCCGCUGAACUUCCGCAAAGGGUUCACCUUUACCAAAUGUACAUGGAAGUGUACGGCUCUACUAGUUAUAUUUUUAAGUGUUAUACUUGUUAUAGCAUUGAUAUUAACAGCAUCUAACGUAUUAAGUAUAUCAUAUCCAACCACCAACCCCUGUACAGUUCUAGUCGAUGAGAAGGCGGAGAUCUCCGCGGCCAAAAGUACGAUAGCGGAUGCGAACCGGUCGGUGGGACCGGGAGGCGCGACAGCACCCGGACGACCGCUCUCAGCAAGUAGCGCCAGUGCGGCUGAUUCGCCCUCGCUAAGUUCAGCUUCCACAUCCGCGGCAUCAUCGCUGGCGGCGUCAACCGCGCCAGCGAAUAGUAACAGCAAUAGCAACGGAAAUGGCAACGCGAAUGGCAACAGCAACAACAACAACAAUGGAGGUGCACGAACAUUCCCAGCUCGAAGUUUCCCACCGGAUGGUACCACCUUCUCGCAGAUUACCCUCGGCCAGCGGCUGUCAAAGGAGAUCCCCCCGUACAGCUACUGGAACAUGCAAUUCUACCAGUCGGAACCAGCGUACGUCAAGUUUGACUACGGCAUCCCGCGGGGCGCCUCGAUCGGAGUUUACGCACGACGGAAUGCCCUCCCAACGCACACCCAGUACCACUUCAAGGAGGUGCUGAGCGGCUUCAACGCACGCCAAACACGUGCCACCCAUCCUUCGAUGCGGCGUGAGGUAACUCGUUACAUGGAACCCGGCCACUGGUUCUUGUCGAUCUACAACGAUGACGGAGACGCCCAGGAGAUUACGUUCUACGGCCUUGUGGCCGAAGACAUGACCCAGAAUUGCCCGAAUGGGUGCUCAGGAAACGGCCAGUGUCUCCUGGGACACUGCCAGUGCAAUCCGGGCUACGGAGGCGAUGACUGCAGCGAAAGCGUGUGUCCGGUGCUUUGCUCACAGCGUGGCGAAUAUAUCAACGGCGAGUGUCAGUGUAAUCCCGGCUGGAAGGGCAAGGAAUGUUCGCUACGGCAUGACGAGUGCGAAGUCCCGGACUGCAGCGCCCAUGGCCACUGCGUUAGCGGGAAGUGCUCAUGCGUGCGAGGCUACAAGGGAAAAUAUUGCGAAGAAGUGGACUGUCCCCAUCCGACUUGCUCGGGCCAUGGAUACUGUGCCGAGGGCACUUGCAUCUGCAAGAAGGGCUGGAAGGGACCCGAUUGUGCCACCAUGGACCAGGACGCGUUACAAUGCCUGCCGGACUGUUCCGGCCAUGGAACGUUCGAUUUGGACAGCCAAACGUGCAGUUGCGAACCGAAGUGGAGCGGUGAGGACUGCUCGCAGGAGCUGUGUGACCUCAACUGUGGCCAGCAUGGACGCUGCGUGGGCGACAGCUGCAGCUGCGAUCCGGGCUGGGGCGGAGAAUUCUGCAACAGUAAACUGUGCGAUCCCCGAUGCAACGAACAUGGUCAAUGCAAGAAUGGAACCUGUCUCUGCGUGACCGGGUGGAACGGGAAGCACUGCACCCUGGAAGGGUGCCCCAGUGGAUGCUCACAACACGGCCAGUGCCACGUCAGUGGAGAGCUAAUGUGGGAAUGCCGAUGUUACGAAGGUUGGGAUGGUGCGGAUUGCUCGGUGCCGCUGGAACAAAACUGUGGAGACAAUAAGGACAAUGACAGAGAUGGCCUCGUUGACUGCGAAGACCCUGAGUGCUGCGGAAGCCAUUCAUGUAAAACCAGUCAGUUGUGCGUUUCAGCGCCCAAACCGAUUGACGUAUUGCUGCGAAAGCAACCACCAGCAAUCACAGCUUCGUUUUUCGAACGAAUGAAGUUCUUGAUCGACGAGGGAAGCCUCCAAAACUACGCCAAGCUGGAAACGUUCAACGAAAGCGUUUUUUGGAAUCAUUUUAACGCAAGCCGUUCCGCCGUCAUACGUGGCCGCGUGGUGACAUCGCUGCAAAUGGGUCUGGUCGGAGUGCGUGUGAGCACAUCCACCCCGCUGGAGGGUUUCACGCUGACCCGCGACGAUGGAUGGUUCGAUCUGAUGGUGAACGGAGGAGGCGCCAUAACGCUCCAAUUCGGCCGCUCACCAUUCCGGCCUCAGACUCGGAUUGUGCAGGUGCCCUGGAAUGAGGUUGUUAUUAUCGAUACCGUAGUGAUGUCAACCCUGGAUGAUAAGGAAAAGACCGGACUGCCACACACUUGCUUCUCCCAUGACUAUGAUUCGAUGAAACCUGUUGUGUUGGCCACCUGGAAGCAUGGCUUCCAAGGAGCUUGUCCUGAUCGCAGCGCGAUCUUGGCCGAGUCGCAAGUCGUGCAAGAAUCGCUGGCAAUUCCCGGAACCGGCUUGAAUCUAGUCUACCAUAGCAGUAGAGCUGCUGGUUAUCUAUCGACCAUCAAGCUGCAACUGACGCCGGAUACGAUCCCCCAAACGCUAAAAUUGAUCUACCUCCGAAUCACCAUCGAAGGAAUUCUGUUCGAAAGGGUUUUCGAGGCCGACCCAGGUAUCAAAUUCACCUACCCCUGGAACAGAUUGAACAUCUACCGCCAGCGCGUAUACGGCAUCACAACGGCCGUCGUAAAGGUUGGCUAUCAGUACACCGACUGCAAGGACAUCAUCUGGGAUGUACAAACGACAAAGCUGAGUGGUCACGAUAUGAGUAUUUCCGAGGUGGGCGGAUGGAAUCUCGAUAUCCAUCAUCGCUACAACUUCCACGAGGGUAUUCUGCAGAAAGGUGAUGGAUCAAAUAUCUACCUGAAGCACAAACCACGCGUCAUUCUCACCACCAUGGGAGACGGACAUCAGCGGCCAUUGGAGUGCAACGAUUGCAACGGUAUUGCCUCGAAGCAACGUCUGCUAGCCCCAGUGGCGCUUGCCGCUGCUCCAGAUGGCAGCCUUUACGUGGGAGAUUUCAACUACAUUCGUCGAAUCAUGAUCGAUGGAACUGUGAAGACCGUUGUGAAGCUUAACGCUACUCGUGUUUCCUACCGUUAUCAUAUGGCCUUGAGUCCACUGGAUGGUUCACUGUACAUUUCGGACCCCGAGUCGCACCAAAUCAUCAAGGUUAGGAAUAAGGACGAUUCGCAUGAUCCCGAACACAACUGGGAACCCGUUGUUGGAAGCGGAGAACGGUGCCUUCCCGGUGAUGAAGCACAUUGCGGCGAUGGAGGACUUGCUCGUGAUGCCAAAUUGGCCUACCCGAAGGGCGUUGCCAUUUCCUCAGACAAUGUACUGUACUUUGCUGAUGGUACCAACAUCCGCAUGGUAGAUCGCGAUGGUGUCAUCACAACCCUCAUCGGAAACCACAUGCAUAAAUCCCACUGGAAACCGGUUCCGUGCGAGGGAACGCUCAAGAUCGAAGAGAUGCACCUUCGCUGGCCAACCGAACUUACCAUCAAUCCACUCGACGACACGCUGCACAUCAUCGACGAUCACAUGAUCUUGCGCAUGACCCCUGAUGGUCGCGUCCGUGUACUUGCCGGUCGUCCCCUUCACUGCGCCUCGGCCUCUCCAGUUACGCUGGACUCGGACCUGGCUGCCCAUGCCACUCUCGUCAUGCCUCAAAGCAUCGCCUUCGCUCCGUCGGGUGAUCUCUACGUGGCGGAAAGCGACUCUCAGCGCAUCAAUCGUAUCCGGGUGAUAGGUACCGAUGGUAAAAUUGCGGCAUACGCGGGCGCCGAAUCCAAGUGCAACUGCCUCGAGCGUGGUUGCGAUUGUUACGAAGCCGAUCACUACCUAGCUAUCAGUGCCAAAUUCAACACCAUCUCGGCGAUCACCGUAACACCCGAUGGUCACGUACAUAUCGCCGACCAGGCCAACUACCGAAUCCGUUCGGUUAUCUCGAGUCUUCCGGAGGCCGGCACUUCUAAGGAGUACGAAAUCUACGCACCGAACGCGCAGGAGAUCUACGUGUUCAACCGCUUCGGGCAACACAUCGCCACCAAGAACAUCAUGACCGGAGAGACGGUGUACAGCUUCCUGUACAACGUGAACACCUCGAACGGUAAGCUGAGCACGGUCACCGACGCUGCCGGCAAUAAGGUGUUCCUGCUGCGAGACUACACCUCGUUGGUGAAUUCCAUCGAGAACACCAAAGGACAGAAGUGUCGACUGCGUAUGACGCGCACGAAAAUGCUCCACGAAUUAAGCACUCCAGACAAUUACAACGUGACGUUCGAUUAUCACGGACCGACUGGUUUGCUGACCACCAAACUGGACUCGACCGGUCGCUCGUAUGUGUACAAUUACGAUGAGUUCGGACGUCUAACGUCCGCCGUCACUCCCACCGGAAAGGUUAUCGACCUGACGUUCGAUCUAAGUGUGAAGGGAGCCACUGUGAAGGUGACGGAGAAUUCGCAACGGGAGGUCUCAAUGCUGAUUCAGGGAUCGUCGGUCGUCUCGAAGGUUGGCGAGGCCGCCACCAAGACUACCGUGCUGGUCGAUGGCGGAACUACAAGUGUUCAGUCGUGGGGCAACACGGUUUCGGUGGAAUCGGUACCGUAUAUUUUGCUGGCGGAAAUUGACCCCUUGCUGGGCGAGAGCUACCCGGUACCAUCGAAGCAGCGGACCGAGAUCAAUGGCGAUUUGUCGAACCGUUUUGAGUGGAGAUACUUUAUCCGGCAUGUUCCAGUGCGCGGGAAGAAUUCUCGUGCCUCAACCCAGGUUGGGCGGAAACUGCGUGUGAACGGAGAGAACUUGUUGACGUUUGAGUACGAGAAGGAUAGUUCUUCGAUCACCAUUUCGGUUGACGAUAAGACCGAGCUGUUGAAUGUCACGUACGAUAAAUCUUCGAGACCGAUUUCCUACCGACCACAGUCUGGGGAGUACGCCGAUGUCGAUCUGGAGUACGAUCGUUUCGGGCGUUUGACGCUUUGGAAGUGGGGAAAUUUGAAGGAAGAGUAUACCUUCGAUCGAGCUGGUCGAUUAAAUGAGAUCAAAUAUGGCGAUGGAAGCUCGAUUGUCUACGCGUUCAAGGAUAUGUUCAGCAGCUUGCCGCUGAAGGUGACAACACCUCGUCGCUCGGAUUACUUGCUGCAGUACGAUGACGCGGGUGCGUUGCAAUCCCUGACAACUCCAAGAGGUCACAUUCAUGCGUUCUCGCUACAAACCUCGCUUGGAUUCUUCAAGUACCAAUACUACUCGCCGAUCAAUCGACAUCCGUUCGAGAUUCUGUACAACGAUGAUGGUCAGAUACUGGCGAAGAUCCAUCCGCAUCAGUCCGGAAAGGUGGCGUACGUGUAUGACAACGCUGGCCGACUGGAGACGAUCUUGGCGGGACUUUCCUCCACGCAGUAUACGUACCAGGAGAGCACGAGCUUAGUGAAGAUGGUGGAGGUGCUCGAACCAGGAUUCGAAUUGAGGAGAGAGUUCAAGUACCAUGCCGGAGUGAUGAAGGACGAGAAGUUGAAGUUUGGUUCGAAGAGUGCACUGGCAUCAGCGCAUUUCAAAUAUCAGUACGAUGGUAACGCGAGACUCAGCGGAAUUGAGAUGGAUAUCGAUGGGAAGGAUUUGCCGAUCCUGCGAUUCAAGUAUGGACAGAGCUUGGGAACGCUGGAUGCCAUCAGUGAUUUGAGGAUCACGAGGAAUGCCUUCAAUCGAACCGUGGUCCAAGAUACUUCGAAGCAGUUCUUCACGAUAACCGAUUUCGAUGAACAUGGUCGGGUGAAGAGCGUUCUGAUCAAUAUCAAAUCGUUUGACGUUUAUCGACUAGAGCUGGAUUACGACCUGAGGAAUAGAAUCAAGACGCAUAAGGUGAUGGUGGGUCGGGUGACCUCUCUGGAUAAGGUUAACUAUAAUGCCGAUGGACAUGUAAGCGAAGUCGUUGGAACCAACAGCUGGAAGUAUUUGUACGAUGAGAAUGGUAACAUAAUCGGGGUUUUGGAGCAAGGUGAUAAGACCAAUUUGGGAUACGACACGGGUGAUCGAGUGGUACAGGUUGGAGAUGUUGAGUUCAACAGUUACGAUGCUCGUGGUUAUGUCGUACGACGGGGUGAGCAGAAGUACCGGUACAACAAUCGAGGACAGCUGAUCCACGCACUAGAAAGAGAUCGCUUCCAAACUUGGUACUUCUACGAUGACAUGGGUCGGCUAGUGGCUAGCCAUGAUGAGAAAGGCAAUGUCACACAGUACUUCUACGCCAACAUCAACGCCCCUGAACUGAUUACACACAUUCACUACCCUAAGGUAUCACGAACGCUUCGUUUCUUGUACGAUGAUCGAGAUAUGUUGGUGGCUGUCGAGACAGGCGAACAGCGUUUCUACGUUGCGACAGAUCAAAACGGCUCUCCGAUCGCUUUCUUCGACAUCAAUGGCAACAUCGUGAAGGAGGUGCGCCGAACGCCCUUCGGAAAGAUUGUCAAAGAUUCCAACCCAAGCUUCUUCGUCCCGAUCGACUUCCACGGUGGACUGCUCGAUCCAAACACCCGGCUCGUGUACAUGGAGAAGCGACUGUACGACACCAACGUGGGUCAAUGGAUGACACCCUCGUGGGAACAGCUAGCGACGGAAAUGCGACUGCCAACCGACGUGUUCAUCUACCGAUUCCACAAUAACGAUCCGAUCAACCGCAAAGAACCGAUGAACUACAUGAACGAUCUGAAGUCCUGGCUUCGACUGUUCGGUUACGACGUUGCGAAGAUGCAAGGAUCGAAAUACACGAAGGAUAUGAUCUACCGACCGAAAGCGAUGAUCAAAUCACCCCAGCUGGCGCCGGACUUUGGUGUGAUGUCGGGCUUGCAAUGUAUCGUUGAGAAGAUUGACGAAAAGUUCUCCGAUUUUGGUUUCGUGCCAAAACCAUUGCUGAAGAUGGAGCUUAAAACGAGAGAUCUGUUGCCACGGGUUGCUUAUCGCCGAGGGGUGUUUGGCGAAGGAGUUCUAAUUUCGCGCAUCGAUGGUAGAGCCCUGGUCAGUGUGGUUGACGGCUCGAACAGUGUUGUUCAGGAUGUAGUCUCGUCAGUGUUCAAUAGCUCGUAUUUCCUUGAUCUACACUUCAGCAUUCAUGAUCAGGAUGUGUUCUACUUUGUGAAGGACAACAUCAUGAAGCUGCGAGAUGACACGGAAGAGCUACGUCGACUCGGUGGCAUGUUCAACAUUUCCACUCACGAAAUCAGUGAUCACGCUGGUACAAAUGGAAAGGAGCUUCGACUGCACGGACCGGAUGCGGUGGUGAUUAUCAAGUACGGAGUCGAUCCCGAACAGGAGCGACAUAGGAUACUGAAACAUGCUCACAAACGAGCCGUGGAGCGGUCGUGGGAACUGGAGAAGCAGCUCGUUGCUGCCGGCUUCCAGGGACGUGGUGAUUGGACAGAGGAAGAGAAGGAAGAACUGAUAUCGCACGGUGACGUCGAUGGAUGGGUUGGUGUCGAUAUUCACAGCAUACACAAGUACCCACAGCUGGCGGAUGACCCCGGCAAUGUGGCCUUCCAGCGAGACUCGAAGCGGAAACGACGGAAGAGUGGCAAUCACAAAACACUGCGACAGCACAGGCACGAAAGCUCGUGAAACGGCACUCUGCCGUCGGUAGCGUAAGCUGUUUGAUCUUUGAAGCUUUCCAAAAACAAAAACAACAACAUGAAGAACAAGAAAAUUUCGAAGAAAGCUAACUCUCUCUCUCUUUACCCCGUUUUAAGGAAAAAUCUUUCUCCGAGAACUGAUUUAAAGAAGAAAAAAGUAAAUAUUAGAAAUAUUGUGAUACAUAGAUUUAUUUUGGAUUAUUUUCGUAGGGUUAAUCAAAAGCAAGGAACGAUUGAAGAAAAGUAAGAGAAGAACAUACACACAAGACCGUGGCAACCGUUUUCUACACUUAGGCAAGCUUCUGCUCAUUCGAAAAUGAUAAUAUCAACACCGGAAGCGAAAUACACCACACCACUAACGCAAACAAAAAUUUGAACAAGAAACAGGACAUAUUUUUAUACAUGAAGGCGCAAACGGCAGAUCCCCGCAGCAAACAAUAAUCUUUGAAGAUAAUAAGAGGGACACACAAAAAAAUACAAGAAAAAAUAUGGUUUCCGCCAUGUUGUGAAAGUCGCGAUUUUUUUCCGCCACAUCAACACCGACUCAUCAUCGACUUAUCAAUCACCACGCCACCUACGUCAACUAUUUAUAUGAAUUGACGGAAGGACAGAAAAUGACCGAAGUUAUUGUUGAAACGAACAAUCCCCAUCAAAAAGUGAAAUUAUGAAAUUCGAAUCAAAACCCACACAAUAGAGACGCAUCUUUGUGAUCGGUUGAUGCAGGGCGAAGUCACACACAUAUUAUCAUUUUAUAUGCUUUGCAGACACGAAUGAGGAAUGGGACAGAAGUUGGUAAAAGAGGGGCUAAAACGGUUAAAAGCGCAUGAGAAGCAAAACAAAACAUAUAUAAAAUAGUGAAGAAUGUAGUUAAUUAGAUGAAAAUUCAAUGUGAAAACUUGUGAAUGUCUUUUAGUGUGUAAGAAACAAAUAAGCUCUCGGACAGAGAAACGCAGAAAAAACAACAAAAAAACAAGCGAGAAAGGUGUCAUGAUCCAGUAGAAUAUUGAAAUUGAAACAAACAAACAAACAAACAAAAAUGAGAACAUUCUACACACAGAACAGAAAUAGAAUUUGGUGUUGUGCGAACAGUGCCAUGAAACUAGUCGAAAUAUCGUGAGCCAGACAAAAAUUAACAAAUGUACGAUGAGAAUUACCGAAGACAACUCAAACAAUGGUCGUGGAGAUAUUUUUUACACACAGAAAUAAAUUCGUAACCGCCUACUCACCACUACAUAAGCAACAGCAAACAAAAAAAAGAAACAAGGACUGACCGAGGAUUCUCAUUGAGAAGCGAUGAGUUCCGAAUGAAGAUUGAGAGGAGAAAGGGAAAGGAAGGGUUGAAGAAAUGACAACUGGUGCCAUAUAGAGAGAGGAGACGAAUGAAAUGAAUUGUUGAAGCAUGACUAGUGUUUAUAGUUUCAUGCAGAGUGACAAAAAAAAUGGGAAGUUAUCGACUUACAUGAAACCAUAAGGAGGAUUAAGAAGUAAACUCAUAAAUAUUAGGUAACAGCUGUACAGUAAUUAGUAUCUAGUGAUAAGCAAGACGAGAUGGACGGAACGAUAUAAGUAGUGAAAUCUUCUCAUUCUGUAAAUUUUACUGAUUUUACCACAAAAUAUAGUGGCAGUGCGGCAUUAGGACCGUUGCGUGGCUGUUAGACUGGAGGAAGAUAAAUCCAUAAUUGUGCGCGUGUAGUAGUAUGGCAUUAUUGCAAUGCAGAAAUUUUAAUUUGUAUAGAGACAACAAAAAAGAAAAAAUGCUGUUUUCGUUUCGAUUCAGAAUCGAGCUUAUUGUUGUGAGAGGGAAAAAAUCGAUCAUUCAAAAUCCAAUCAACGCAUUUUGAUAUACACCGCGUAAGGAAUCGAAAUCACAAAAAACAAUCCGUCUUGCUUCCUGAUUUUAAACAAAAAAUCUUAACAAUCUCCCGCAGAUGUCGAUAUGAAAUAGGAACGCAGAAACGAAUCACAGCUAGAGAUUGACAGGCAAAUAAGCAUUGCAAAACGGAAAACCGGUACACUCUAUCCUUUCUUGGCUUCUACAGGGUAUUUGUAAUAAAUUCUUAUAAAGAACAGAAACAAUGAAAAUAAUCUAAAUCAAUAUUCUAGUGAGCGAACACAGACGCAAGAAAAACCGAAGAAGGCAAAUAAUAGUCAAGUAUAUAAACAAGCAAACUCCACAUCAACAGAAGCACCGUAGCGAAAUUUAUUUGAGGACAUAAGCAUUCCCCGAUAAAACCGCUAGCGGCAAACAAUGUAAUUGGUUCUAGAAUAGCUGUUACAAACAAAAACCCUUUUUCUGAGUUUUUGACGUAGGACUACGUGUUUCAUUUCACUGGGGGAACGAGAUUUUGAUCUCUGCCGGAUGAACGAAUGAAAGAUAAAUUGUCUACGAAUUAUAUGCUUAUUACUUAUUGAUUCAAAAACUCGUUCCAAUAGUUCAAAAAUUCCUUUGGAAGCAAGCUAUUGGAAUCACAAAAAAAAAACCUGUAUAUAAGCGGGUGCCAGCUCGGAAAUCCACUUAGUCACGAUGGGGCUGUGAAUGGAGUAUAUUUUCGCUGCCAGCUAAAGCACUGCGCUUCCCCUUCUAACCUUUCCCGUUCCUCUUUUGCUACCGAUUUGAAUGAAGCCUAAACUAGGCUAAAAAACGAGGUUUGGAUCGAAGAUUUGAGAUGGAUUACGAGCGAAUUGUGCCAAUAGCGAUGAGUCAAAUAGUGGUCAAUACGGAAUGUUUGAUCACACAGAAAGGGAUAGAGAAUAUUUCACCGUAUCACAAAGACAGCAUUGUUUCGCUGGUUUACAUUGCACCAGCUGACCCGGCGAAGUUCGACCCGACCAAAAUGGAUUGAAAAAAGUUUAGCUGCAAAAUUCGUCAUUACGAUAUAAAAUUAUUUUCAGACACAAUCCUCGCUUAAGAUUCUUCAAUGACCUGCGAAUAACAUGUUUCUCCGUUACACGGAAUACAUGUUUGAUACAGGAAAUAUAAUAUAAUAAAGACAGCUCAAAUCGAACGAUUGCUUCCUCUAGUUUUGCGCUUACCAACAUAUUUAGAAGUGCGUUUUUCACCUGAAAAUCCAUUUCCACCUUCGAACAAAGAUAAAGAGACCAGAUGGUCCGAGGUCUAACACGGGGCACUCAAAAAAAAACUUUUUGUAUUCACGUUAUGUGAACAUAAGCCAUAGUUUAACGAGUCUCAUUUAUUCAUGAAAUUCUCAACAUGUGUCCUUGCAAUUAAACCUGACCGGUAUUAUUUCUUUCAACAUCGGCACAUAGUAGUAAUUUUUCGGUGGUACAGUUUUGUACACGCUCGAAAAAAAAACCCGCUCAGUCAGAGCAUUUAAGCCUGGAAAGCACGAUUCGAAUUGUACAAUUUUUUUAAAUUUACCGAAUGGAAUAUUUGAAAAAUCGAAGCCAUUGGACUUUUUUCGGAUGGCGAUGGAAAAAAACUAGAAAAUAUAAUUCAAUGGAAUAAUUUUUUCUUGAAUCUUCUGUUUAUUAAACCUUCAACAAAAAUGAUUCAACGCUGUUGAUUCGCAACAGCCAUGGCGAAAACAGUCAAGCUACUUGAUGAUUUUUUCAUACUGCCAGCUCCACCCGGAGCGUAGAAGAUGGACAUCCUGAAUCACUUCGUGCCCACCGGAUAUAGCCAAUUUGGUAUUUACAACAUCCUCUCCCUGCCGCUCCUCAAACCGAAACAACCGGCCAAACGGUGGAGAAGAAUCUGGCCAAAACACUCAUAAUAAAUGACGAAACCUACUUAACGCUAGAAUUCAACCAAUGACGGGGGACCGGGUACUUUACGUUGAGGUACGUAGUGACCUCAAAUAUAUAUUUCACACCAAGUUCUCGGAGAAGAUCCUUCUCUGGCUGACGAUCGGCGAGAAGGGAAUGUCAAACGCGAGAGUUCCCCCAAUAAUUUCAUGGCCAGAACGGAGAGACCGCCAAAGCCGCGAAAGGAUUAAAGAACAUACCGACUUCCAUCUUUUCAUCGGUUCCGGCCGUAAGGCAGCUUGGCCUUUUCUUGUCCAGCAUCCACUAGUUCUUCCGGCUUAUUUAACAUGUUGAGCCCCGACCGAGCUAGAGGACCGAGAAUGAUUUUUCCGUUGUAACGCGGGAUGUCUGGUCGGUUCGUUAAAUUUCUCCACGAAUCCAGUGGAAUUUUUUAAUCCAGUAUUGUCCUUAGAUGCGCAAUGGAGAUUGAGGUCUGGGGACUGGGGUUGCCACUCAGGCAUUUUAAUCUUCUUGGACUGGAAAUAGCGCUUCGUAACCUUCUAGGUGUGCUUGAGGUUACACUCUGUAGACCUGAUUCACGAAGUCGGUUGCUCACAGUUCGACUAGUUAUGUUGAGGCUCAACUCUUCUUGGGUCACCCGACAAGCUUCAUCGGGAUCCGAACCAAGCGGCGAAUAAGGCGAUCUGUGUGAACUGAGGUUCCACGAUGCGUUCUACUUCCGGAUUUCCGCUCUAUUGUGCCAAGCGUAUUAUCAUGAUUUCGAACUCGCUCCGGUCGAAAUAUCAUACUUUUCUGCUAUUUCACGGUAGUCAGUCCAGUCCACAAAAUACGAUCCCAGAAAGAUAUCGGCUUGUUGAGAUAUUUUUUGCGAACUCUAGCCGUACUUUUUUUUUAUUAUUGAGACUGAUUUAUGGAAGUUUAUGAACGAACUUACUCUGCAAUCCAUAUUUCCUGAUCUUGCGGCUAAUUGUACAGUCGGAUACUGAAAUCUAAAUGUUUUCCUUGAUAAAUCGAAUAGUUACCGAUUGAUUGAUAUUGAUCAUUGAUCAUUGAAUCAGUGCGAUAGUCUGUUUUACGCACACCUUCUCUGCGCGUUAUGUAACCCACAGAUCCCAGCUUCUGGUACUUUGUCCAAAUUUCAUGUACAGCUCCACUGCUGAUACUUUGUUUUGCAGCAAUUUUCCGUUGUGAUAGAUUGUCCUUACAGUGUUUUACAACCAAAUUUCGGGUGAGAUUUGAGAUUUGUUCCCCAGCCAUGAUUUCUUCAAGUUCCAACACUCUUUUCAACGAUAAGCAACUGGAGCACAGCUUGAAUCGAACGUAAAUGGCGCGUACAAAUAGUUUUAACAUUAGGCCACACCAAUAACAAGGGGUGCGACAAUGUUUAAUUACAAGAUGUUGUGAAAUUUCCGAGUGAUUUUUCUCCAUGUCAUUCCUGUUUUAGCCAAAAAUGACAAAAUUCACAUAGAACUUGAAAUAUUACGGAUUAAAUUGGAAUUAUUCAACACUGUUCAACAACGGUUGAUAUGAACUUCCAUUUGAAAGGUUAACUUUAUUAUCAUCUAAAUAUUUUCAAUUAUUCAGCUAUGAAAAAGUUUCUGAAUUCGGGUGGAUUUUUUUUCGUAGCGGGUUCCUGUGUAUAUUGAGAAUUGAUUCAGAUGCAACUUCAAACAAAUGAUUAGAGCGGUAGUCCUACGUCAACCUUGCGAUUGUAUCAGAGAUAUAACCCACCCCUUGUUUUUUGUUUUACGCAAACAAACACAGAAAAACAUACAGAAUGAUCUGAACUCAGAUGGGUAACACACUUACAUACUCACCAUUAUACUCGCUAACAUAAAUAAUCACCUCUCAAAGGCGAAAGCUACACCAAAAGACGCUUACAUAUUUUUCUUACUCAUUUUCCUGUUUGCUCUCUGUCAAGCUCUCUUAACAAUAGAAGAUUUUGUUGUUAAAAUUUGAUUUAUAUCGCACUCAACAUCAUCAUCGUCAUAAUUAUGAUCAUCCCCACCAUUGCCACAUUGUUGUGAAUGAUUAUUAGUCCCCAAGUCCUAUCGAGAAGAAAGUGAAGAAGAAACUAGAUUUAUAGCGUAUCGAAAUCACGAGUCGCACCAUUUGUGCGAAUGUAAAGAAGAAGAAAAACUCAAAGCAAUACAAGAGAUAAUUUUCUAUAUAGGAAAAAUGCAGAACACUGCACCGCGCCGAACUUUGUAUACAAAUUUCCCCUGGACACUUGGUUUGUCCUCAGGAAUAAUUUUUAUUUAACCUUUUUUUCAUAUGUGUAAAUUUUGCCUCUCCAAAAUUGUGCAAUCAAAAAAAAUCAUUUUGCGUACCAGAACGACAAAAUCAACCACCAAACUGUUUUUGAUCGACCAUAUUUGACUAUUUUCUAAGAUCGGGUGAAAGAAAAAGUUGUAGAAUUUUGUACAUAAUUUGUUUAAGUCAGGAAUCUCUGUGUAUUUAUGUUGUUUUCCCCCGAGUUUCCGUAUACCCCACCCUAUGAGACCCCUAUGAGUGCACCUAACCGAACCGGACAGUGCAGGAAAAAAUAAAACGAGAGGCAUUACAUGAACAUGAUGGGAAAUUCUCUCUUUCAGUUUGAAAGUGUUGUAAAUAUGCAACCACGCGUCACAUGUGUGUGCUCAGUUGAGUUGUGACCUAGUGUUGGCAGAUUGAGGAAAUGAAAACAAACAGAAAAAAAAAACAACCUUAGCCGUAGCUAACCGUAAAAAACAGCAACUGUAAGUGUCGUUUCUAGGAGCAAAACAUACAGUGGAAUAUUAUGCUAUAACGCUAACGGCACUCGCGAAAUGUUCGUUUCCCCCAUUAUACCCAUCGAUCCCCCACUGUUUCGUUCGUUGGAACGAACCCAAGCCCCAAGGUAUCGCAGAAUCAAACUUUUUAAGGCGCCAUUUGAAAUCAAAGACGUGUUAUUGUUGUGGUAAUAGAGAAAAUACAAACGACGAUGGGGGGAAAAAUGUAGGAUAAAAACUCCGUACGGUUGAUGAAUGGCUGAAUAAUAAAUGAUACACAAAAACAAACAAAAAUAAAACACGAAAGAGAAACGAAAGCUAGUGAGUGAAUCUUUUUUGUAAAAUAUUAAAGCUAGGGAGCGAAGACCGUAUAUAUAAACAAAAUAACAAAAAAAAAAUUAAACCAACAAAAAUUGGUAUGAAACAUAGAAAAACUCAAAGAAGAAAAAUGUAGUGGUAAAUAAAUUGAAGAAAAAAAAGUUGCAAAUGAAAAUGCCGAAAAAAUGCAGCAGAAUAAAGGAAAAGAAACAAAAGAUGCAAAUCUUUGAGAAUUGUGAAAAAAGGAAAAAGAAACUGUAUAAAUUAUGAGUAGUGUGAAGAAGGGAUGAAAUUCGAAAAGCAACAAUAUUAUUAUUACGAUUAUUAUUAAUUAUUAUUAUUCAUGAAAACUAAUGAU